GGUACUCCAGAGCAGAGAGAGUGUCCAGCGUCUCGAGCGUCCAGCGUCCGGUUUGUGCCAUCCAUCUCUCCCGGCCGUCCCGACCCAGGAGCCAAGAUUUGCCUCUCUUGGAGAGGAGCAGUAAAUCGCGCCCAAUCUACGAUGCGGGUCGAGUCGUCGCUCCGCACGUGACCGCGCUUCGAGAGGGGGGGGGGCGUUCGAGGAGUCGGCGAGGAGUUGAGGCACCAGAAGAAGGGCACGAGUCUCCUUCCCGAGCAAGAGGGACAAAGGCCGGUGGCGUAAUUAGGAGGCUCUAGCACAUUUCGCAACGGAAGACAGGUGCCUCAAGGAGGGGAAGAGGGUGCUAUCUCGGGCUGUGUAGAAGAUGUCCGACAACGAGGCGAUUACAACGGAUAAAGCGAGCGCGUUAGUACGGCCGCACAGCGUCCGCGUCAAGACGGGGGGUGUGGGACCUAGAAACCGCGACAGGCGGUCUGCACGCGCCUUCCUUUUGGUGGCAGCGGCGGUGACGGCGGCGCUGGUGUCCGUGCUGGUUGUCGGCCUCCUGGCGAGGUUGUUCCCGAACCUGUUGGUUGUUGCAACGCCGACGCUGGUUACCGUCGGAUUCGAGGUGCGCAGCAGCACCGCCAACAACGCAAGCGCCGUAGAUCAAAUCAGCCUACCCGCCGAAGACCCUCCAGAACACCAUCACCACAACGACUCCUCCGUUGGUGACACCGGCGAUCUUCCUGGGUCACAAGCAAUACCGACAGACGCGGCCGGGCAGCGGGACUACCUGAACGGGUUGGUGGCGGCGUCGGCAGAGAACAAGGAUGAACAGCUGAGCAACCUGGCGCUGUUCAAGACUCACAAGACGGGCUCCACGACCCUCGCUAUCCUGCUCCAUCGGUACGGCAGAAGACACGACCUCGAGGUUGCACACUUUCCGGGCUUUGGGUCGACGAUUCCCAUCGAGGAGGCCGCUCGGCAGACGGGGUUGGCAGACGAUGGCAAAAGGGUUGACAUCAUGCACUACCACAUAGACACUGACACGCCGAGGCAGGAAAGGUGGGGCUCCGCGAAAGAGCACUACCGGGACGUGAUGCGGUACCCGGACGACAUAAACUUUAUCACGAUACUGCGGGACCCCCGAGACUGGCUGCUGAGCUUCUACUCCUUCUUCGUCGAGUUCGAAACAGGGGUUCCGAUCGACGAAUUCUUCCGGCAAGACGCCCCUGACGAGGAGGUGCUCGAGCGGCUCCGCGACCUUGGCUGCAAGGAGUUCGGCGUGGCGACGGAAACGGAGCUGGAGGACUUCAUCGACCAAGAGAUCCCGGAGUUCAAGCUGGUGCUUGUGACGGAACGGUUCGACGAGAGCCUGAUGGUCAUGAGGAGCCUGCUGGGAUGGGACCUGGUCGACAUGACGUACGUGUCCGUCAACCGCUCUUCCGGCCGGAAGGGCAAGUUUGGCGUCUCGAAGGAGAGGGUGCCCUUUGACCAUCUCCCGGAAGACGUUCAGGAGAAAAUUGACGAGCUUACCACCUUGGAUAGGCGAUUGUACGAUGCCGGCGUAGCUGCGUUCGAGGAGAGUCUCGCGCCCUUCACCGCCCAAGUGGACGCGGACCUCGAAGGAUUUCGAGAACUCCAGACGGUCGUGAACGAGUACCUGCGGGACAACCCGAGCAGCCCGGCACAAGCUCUCUACAGUUACAAGACCGCCGUAUAUUACGAAGACCCACCACCGAUGCUGGACUUCUGAACAAGAGCGACCUCGCUGCAGUAGUGGUAGUGACCACGUGGCUAUCCUCCUGGAGUUACUUGUUGCGGACUGCGGCGUGCCUGUGACCUACAACAUCGGAGCCGGGCCGAGCACUUGUUCGAGGCCGACAAACUGUUGCUGCACAUUCGGUUAUUUGUGUGCCAUUUUUCACAAAGUUUGUUGUUCCUCUCAAAACCUGUCGUUCGCAGCUCAGGCAGAGGUCGAACGCAAAAUAGAACGCCUCCUUGUCCCAACAAAGUAAAAGCUCCUUUCUUUUGCGGGGCUCCACCCGAACUGG